AUGCCCCUCUUCCACCGCGACUCCAUGUCCAGCUCGUCCCGGUCGAGCAUAGACGACCCAAACACACACACCCACACCCGCCAUAAAACCGGCCUCUUCGGCCAACACACCCACUCUGCUACUAGCGGACAUAACAGCGCCUCCAGCUCUGGCGCUAGACGGAGCAGCCACAGCCACAACCACGGCCACAGAAGCGGACACCACGGGCUCUUCCGAACCAAGAACCACGAAGACCCUGCCAUCAGCGCUGCCCGGGACCGCGCCUUCCACGCCGAGGAGGCGGAGCAGGCUGCCGACAAGGCGCUGUAUGCAUCGCGGCUGGCGGUGCAGGAUGCGCGGAAUAAUGUGAAGGAGCUGGAGAGGGAUGCGAAGGAGGAGUCCCGUCUCGCCAAACUUAAGCAGCGCGAAGCGAGAGACAUCUCGAAGCGGGUGAAGCCGCUUGGUCGUAAGUGA